AUGGCGGACCGCGGCCUGGAGGGUACGGCGCUGCCGCUGGAGGUGCGGGCGCGGCUGGCCGAGCUGGAGCUCGAGCUGUCGGAAGGUGACAUCACCCAAAAAGGAUAUGAAAAGAAGAGGUCAAAACUAAUUGGAGCCUACCUGCCCCAGCCUCCGACAGCGAAUGGAGCUGCCGUGGUCCGGUGUAGACUGCAGCACAGUGAAGGAGCCCCGGGAAGAGCGCUGCACUCCGGCAACAUCGGGGUGUGUGACAUCCGAGAAGCCGCGGUCAGAGAGCGGGCGGCCAGCACCGCGGGGAACCGGCCGCUGUUUUACUUUCGCUUCGGGGUGGAUCAAGCUUUGCCUCCUGAGCGCCGGGCUCCAGUCACUCCUGCCUCUUCCACUCGCUAUCACCGCCGAAGGUCCUCAGGGUCACGAGAUGAGCGCUACCGGUCGGAUGUCCACACAGAAGCUGUGCAGGCAGCGCUGGCUAAACACAAAGAAAGGAAGAUGGCAGUGCCUAUGCCUUCCAAACGCAGGUCCUUGGUUGUGCAGACCUCGAUGGACGCCUACACACCUCCAGAUACCUCUUCCGGCUCGGAAGACGAAGGCUCGGUGCAGGGAGACUCCCAGGGGACCCCCACCUCCAGCCAGGGCAGCAUCAACAUGGAGCACUGGAUCAGCCAGGCCAUCCACGGCUCCACCACGUCCACGACCUCUUCCUCCUCCACCCAAAGCGGGGGGAGCGGCGCCGCCCACAGACUGGCCGACGUCAUGGCCCAGACGCACAUAGAAAAUCACUCUGCACCUCCUGAUGUAACCACUUACACCUCAGAACACUCGAUACAAGUAGAAAGGCCACAAGGCUCAACGACAUCACGGACGGCACCAAAGUAUGGCAACGCGGAGCUCAUGGAGACUGGCGAUGGGGUGCCAGUGAGUAGCCGGGUGUCCGCGAAAAUUCAACAGCUCGUCAAUACGCUCAAACGACCGAAGCGGCCGCCGUUACGGGAAUUCUUUGUUGAUGACUUUGAAGAAUUGCUGGAAGUUCAGCAACCGGAUCCGAACCAGCCAAAGCCAGAGGGAGCGCAGAUGUUGGCGGUACGUGGGGAGCAGCUGGGAGUGGUGACGAACUGGCCGCCAUCGCUAGAAGCCGCAUUGCAGCGGUGGGGGACCAUCUCCCCGAAGGCCCCGUGCUUGACCACGAUGGACACGAACGGGAAGCCCCUGUACAUCCUCACUUACGGCAAACUGUGGACAAGAAGUAUGAAGGUUGCUUACAACAUUCUGCAUAAAUUAGGUACAAAGCAGGAACCUAUGGUACGACCAGGAGACAGGGUGGCGCUGGUGUUCCCCAACAAUGACCCUGCCGCGUCCAUGGUGGCCUUCUACGGCUGCCUGCUGGCUGAAGUUGUUCCCGUGCCCAUCGAAGUGCCACUCACCAGAAAGGACGCAGGGAGCCAGCAGAUCGGGUUCUUGCUUGGAAGCUGUGGAGUCACUGUGGCCUUGACGAGCGACGCCUGCCACAAAGGGCUGCCGAAAAGCCCAACCGGGGAGAUCCCCCAGUUCAAAGGUUGGCCAAAGCUGCUGUGGUUUGUCACAGAGUCAAAGCAUCUCUCCAAGCCCCCUCGAGAUUGGUUCCCACACAUCAAAGAUGCCAACAACGAUACCGCGUACAUAGAGUAUAAGACCUGCAAGGACGGAAGCGUGCUCGGGGUGACCGUGACCAGGAUCGCGCUGCUGACCCACUGCCAGGCCCUCACGCAGGCAUGCGGCUACACGGAAGCGGAAACCAUAGUGAAUGUGUUGGAUUUCAAGAAGGACGUUGGGCUCUGGCAUGGCAUCCUAACAAGCGUCAUGAACAUGAUGCACGUGAUCAGCAUCCCAUACGCGCUGAUGAAGGUGAACCCGCUGUCGUGGAUUCAGAAGGUCUGCCAGUACAAAGCAAAGGUGGCUUGUGUCAAAUCCAGGGACAUGCACUGGGCGUUAGUAGCACACAGAGAUCAGAGAGACGUCAACCUCUCUUCUCUCCGGAUGCUGAUCGUGGCUGAUGGUGCAAAUCCCUGGUCUAUCUCCUCCUGCGAUGCGUUCCUCAACGUCUUCCAAAGUAAAGGCCUGCGCCAGGAGGUCAUCUGUCCUUGUGCCAGCUCCCCAGAGGCUCUCACCGUCGCCAUCCGGAGACCCACAGAUGACAGCAACCAGCCCCCGGGCCGGGGUGUCCUCUCCAUGCAUGGGCUUACCUACGGGGUCAUCCGGGUGGACUCCGAAGAAAAGCUGUCUGUGCUCACCGUGCAGGAUGUCGGCCUCGUGAUGCCUGGCGCCAUCAUGUGUUCAGUGAAGCCGGACGGCAUUCCUCAGCUGUGUAGAACGGAUGAAAUCGGGGAGCUCUGCGUGUGCGCCAUUGCCACGGGCACGUCCUAUUACGGCCUCUCGGGCAUGACCAAGAACACCUUCGAGGUGUUCCCCGUGACGAGCUCGGGGGCCCCUGUCAGCGAGUACCCCUUCGUAAGGACAGGCCUGCUGGGCUUCGUCGGCCCCGGGGGGCUCGUCUUCGUGGUGGGCAAGAUGGACGGGCUCAUGGUGGUCAGCGGGCGCAGACACAACGCGGACGACAUCGUCGCCACAGCGCUGGCCGUGGAGCCCAUGAAAUUCGUCUACCGAGGAAGGAUAGCUGUGUUUUCCGUAACUGUCCUGCACGACGAGAGGAUAGUGAUUGUGGCCGAGCAGAGGCCAGACUCCACGGAGGAGGACAGCUUCCAGUGGAUGAGCAGGGUGCUGCAGGCAAUUGACAGCAUACAUCAAGUUGGGGUUUAUUGCCUGGCCUUGGUUCCAGCAAACACCCUCCCCAAAACCCCACUCGGUGGGAUCCACUUGUCAGAAACGAAGCAGCUCUUCCUGGAGGGCUCACUCCACCCCUGCAACGUCCUGAUGUGUCCCCAUACCUGUGUCACAAACUUGCCUAAACCUCGACAGAAGCAGCCAGAAAUUGGCCCUGCCUCUGUGAUGGUGGGGAACCUGGUGUCUGGGAAGAGGAUUGCGCAGGCCAGCGGCAGAGACCUGGGCCAGAUAGAGGACAAUGAUCAGGCCCGCAAGUUCCUGUUUCUGUCGGAGGUCCUGCAGUGGAGGGCGCAGACCACCCCUGACCACGUCCUGUACACGCUGCUCAACUGUAGGGGUGCCAUCGCAAGCUCGCUGACGUGUGUGCAGCUGCAUAAGCGCGCCGAGAAGAUCGCCGUGAUGCUGCUGGAGAGAGGGCACCUGCAGGACGGGGACCACGUGGCUCUCGUCUACCCACCAGGAAUAGACCUGAUUGCAGCUUUUUACGGCUGCCUGUAUGCGGGCUGCGUGCCCAUAACCGUCCGCCCCCCGCACCCGCAGAACAUCGCCACCACGCUGCCCACCGUGAAGAUGAUCGUGGAGGUGAGUCGCUCUGCCUGCUUGAUGACAACACAGCUGAUCUGUAAGUUGUUGCGGUCCCGGGAGGCAGCUGCGGCCGUAGACGUCAGGGCGUGGCCCCCCAUACUGGACACAGACGAUUUGCCAAAGAAACGGCCUGCCCAGAUCUACAAACCUUCCAACCCAGACACGCUAGCUUAUCUUGACUUCAGUGUGUCCACAACGGGGAUGCUGGCUGGAGUGAAGAUGUGCCACGCAGCCACCAGUGCCUUCUGCCGCUCCAUCAAGCUGCAGUGUGAGCUCUACCCCUCGAGAGAAGUGGCCAUCUGCUUGGACCCGUACUGCGGACUUGGGUUUGUCCUGUGGUGCCUCUGCAGCGUGUACUCUGGGCACCAGUCCAUUCUCAUCCCGCCUUCUGAGCUGGAAACCAACCCUGCCUUGUGGCUUCUUGCCGUGAGUCAGUACAAAGUCCGGGACACGUUCUGCUCCUAUUCAGUGAUGGAACUUUGUACCAAGGGGCUGGGCUCACAGACAGAAUCACUCAAGGCACGGGGCCUGGACUUGUCCCGCGUGCGGACCUGUGUGGUCGUGGCAGAGGAGCGGCCUCGGAUAGCGCUCACCCAGUCUUUCUCAAAGCUCUUUAAAGACCUGGGUCUCCACCCGCGGGCCGUGAGCACCUCCUUCGGCUGCAGAGUGAACCUGGCCAUUUGCUUGCAGCCCCACAGGCUGUGGAAGGCGGCCGAGCAGGGGACCUCGGGACCUGACCCAACCACCGUGUAUGUUGACAUGCGAGCUCUGAGGCACGACAGAGUGCGUUUAGUGGAAAGAGGCUCUCCUCACAGCUUGCCCCUGAUGGAAUCAGGAAAAAUCCUCCCGGGGGUUCGGAUCAUAAUUGCCAAUCCAGAAACAAAAGGACCGUUGGGCGACUCCCACCUGGGUGAGAUCUGGGUUCACAGUGCCCACAACGCCAGUGGCUACUUCACCAUUUACGGAGACGAGUCCCUCCAGUCAGACCACUUCAACUCAAGGUUAAGUUUCGGAGACACGCAGACGGUCUGGGCGCGGACGGGCUAUUUGGGGUUCCUGCGGAGGACGGAGCUCACAGACGCAAACGGAGAGCGCCACGAUGCCCUGUAUGUGGUGGGGGCUCUGGAUGAGGCAAUGGAGCUGCGGGGGAUGAGGUAUCACCCGAUAGACAUCGAGACCUCAGUCAUCAGAGCCCAUAAAAGCGUCACAGAAUGCGCUGUGUUCACCUGGACAAAUUUGCUGGUGGUGGUGGUUGAGCUUGAUGGGUCAGAGCAAGAAGCCUUGGACCUGGUCCCCUUGGUGACCAAUGUGGUCCUGGAGGAGCACUACCUGGUGGUGGGGGUGGUGGUUGUGGUGGACAUCGGUGUGAUCCCCAUCAACUCCCGGGGAGAGAAGCAGCGCAUGCACCUGCGUGAUGGGUUUUUGGCCGACCAGCUGGACCCCAUCUAUGUGGCCUACAACAUGUAGUCUCGUCUCUGGCUCCCAUGGACCUUUCCAGGGAAGGAAACGUUUUUCUCAGUGUCACUGAAGUUUGCAGACACGAGGGCAACAUUCACCGGGAUGGAGCCUUUGGUCACGCCUCAGCGAGACUCCACAGCAGUCCUGGUUGGCAUGGGGGUGAAAUGUGAAAUGUGAAUUUACCACUGAAGUUUGCUCAGAAGGACUUUGGAUUACUGCCUUCAGUUUGUUGGAAAACCCAUUUCAAAAACUUUCUUUUCUUUUUUUUUUUUUUUUUUUAAUUAUUGGAUAAGUGCUUUCUUCGUAAAUGUGGUAUUUUGUUAAGCCAAAAUAGCAAUUAAAAAAUAUUCUGCCCUCAAGAUGGGUUCUUUUAAACAAUUUAUGUAGUGUGACAAAGAAUUGUUUUCUCUGUUUAAUGUGUCAUGAAAUCUUAAUGACAUGGACCUUGUUACUGAUUUAAGCCAUUGCUAGAUCUUAUCCUUUUAGGAAAGUUUGUUGAGGUACGAGGAAACCUUCCAAAUAGCACCUUCCAAUUAGAUUUUAGCAGCUUUCUUUGUCGGAAAUGUACUGAAGAAACAAAGGCUAGCAUAGGCCUUGGAAGUUAGCAUAGAGUGAGAAGGAAUUAUACAUAAGGUGUAUUUCGGCAACUAUCUUGCAGAUAACUUUGUACUAAACUAAAAAGAUAAAAUAAGUUAACUUCUUCAUAUGUAAUUAUGUACAAAACGUUUAAUUUAUUUUGAUCUCUUUAGAAGUAUAAAAGAGAAAAAACAUUCAAGAACAUUAAAGUCUUGUAAUGUUUGCUAAUAUAAAAAAGUGUUGUAUUAUCUUGCGUGGAUAGUAUCACAACAAAUAUAUAUAUAUGAAAUAUAAAUUCACUAAUGAACAAAGGAGAUUUUAAAGUUUAAAAUGCAGAACCUGUCACUUGCAUGGUGUCCCCUCCACUGUACUGUAGAUAAAGAGAGAUUCUCUCACACCCACUUUGCUGAUGUGAGCAAUCACAGAUUGCCGGUAGCCCGGUCUAAAUGUUUCUUCUAGAACCAGAGACCAGCAAGUGAAAUUAUUGCCAUCUCAGAGAUGGGGAAGGAACUUGAGGCUAAACGUGCACUAUCUUUCCUUUGCCGUGGGGGCAACAGCGAACGGUGUGCCAGCAUGUGCUUAGUACGCGGAGCGGGCAUUAGGGAAGGCAGGUGUGUGUGGCACUGUUCUCUUAGCUGCAAGAAUUCGCUGCACAAUGUUCUUCAUCAUUUUUGUUAGUGUCACCCCUUUUGGUCCUUGGUAUGAAAAGGAACGAUAUUCUGUGGUCAUUUGCACUGGGUUGUGUUGAUUCCCCUCAGAUGGCCACUGUAUGGAGUGGACAGAGUGUCCGGAACAGCUUUAAGGGAAAAGACUCACCUAGGAGACCGUCUCCUCGGCCAGCUCUCUGGGGUUCCCUGCCCCGGCGGGAGCAAAACCCACAGGGAACUCGCAUGAGCUGCCCCCGGACUCCUAACAGAGCCGCUGGCUGGAGCAAGAAAGCCUCACAGCUGCCUUCAUCUCGCCACCUGUGGAUAACACGUUUCUGAUUUCCGUCUCUUGCUGCUGCUGCUGCUGCUGCUGCCGCCGCCUCACACGCCUUCCGGUUUUCAUGUCUCACCUGUACACUCCUUGAUUGAAUUGGCCCAUCUGUGUCCAGCCAAGAAGAGGUAUCAGCUGUCCAAGCGUGAUUUAUCUCGUAACCGCCCCAGUAUGACCCCGCAGUGGCUCUCGUUGCUAGAAAUGCAUGACCAAGAUUGUUGCUGGGCAAACUUUAGAUUCUCUUUUCGUUACGUUGUAGGCAAUGUCUUCACCUGCCUUUGCUGUAUGCGCCAGCAGUAAGCCCUUUGCUAAAAGAGAGUUUUGUUUGACUUCCGAGAUCCAAGGCUACUUGUUUUCUCAAAAUUUUAAGUGGCAUUUUUUAGAACUUUGUCUGCAUGUGGGGUGCAUCCUUCCGUCUCCACAAAUUAGUUGAUUUUUAAAAUAUCAUUUGACUUCAUUGCUGUGUGAAUAUUUCUACACGCUUCAGAUACACAUUCCUACAGUCUUCUGCUUCCUACGAGGGGCGGGGGGAAUCCCCACCACACACAGAAAAAAGACAUUUUCUUACACAUACCAACCUUGUUUAAGGGGAAGGAUGGUUUAAGGCUUCAGAUCACGUACUGAUUAGGAAACACAGUUGCAGGAUAACUUGUGAGGUCUAGCUGAUGUCGGAAGCAAACAAACCAGGUGUCACUUCCAGUAGGACCUUCACAUGCAAGGCGGUGCGGUUGUGAAUGUGGUUAGUGACGUCCUGUCAUCUCUCAUGUUAGAGUUGAGGUCAAAGGGUUGGGGGCUGGGAUCAAAGGUCAUUUGUGCAAGAAAAAGGAAAGGAAACCCGUUUCAGCAAUAAAGAAGGAUCGUUCUGUAUUAGAAAUUGUGCUGUAGAUAAAUCAUUCAUGAGAAUGUAACAAUGUUUGUCUUGUGACCUUGUGCUUUUGAAGUCAGACAAAACCGUGUAAUCAACUUGCACAAAGAAGGGUACACAAUGAACAUUGAAACACAGACCUAACCCAACAGGGCGGCUUCCUCAUGGUGCUUGUUUAUUAUAUAUAUUUAAUCCUGCUUGACACUUUACCCAAGGGAAACUGUCCCUUUUAUCAGUUGAAUGUUAGCAGCGUUAUUUCAUAGAGUGUGGUGACUGGUUAGAGAAAUUCAUGUACUCAACCAAUCACGGUUUCAAACAAAAUUUUUAUGUGCAAAGGACGGCAACCUUCUCGUAUGUUAAACCACCAGUAAGCUUUGUACAUCUGUGAUAACGCCUGUUUUAUAUUCAAAUGAACAAAUAAAAGCUUUUAUUUUUGUUGCUCUGAAAA